GGCAACGUCAUCGGAAACGACUAUAUCAGCAACGACGAGCGUGGAUCGGUUCAGUGGGUGUGGCGGCCAGCGCAGCAGGAUGAUAACACCACUCUUCGUCAUACAGAUUGCCCUGCUGAUGGGAUCACUACCGCCGAGCUUGGCUGGAGGGACCAACAUCGAAAAGACGGACAACACGAGCAUCGCGGCAGCCGGCGAUAACACGCGAGCCAUGGGCGACUUCUCCGACAGGGCAUUUUUUGCCACGUCGGUCCGACUGCCACGGGUACCGCCCCCACUAACCACGAACGGAUCCGUCCGCACAGAUCAAGGCGUCACCAAGCGACCAUCAUCGGCAACGUCAUCGGAAACGACUAUAUCAGCAACGACGAGCGUGGAUCGGUUCAGUGGGUGUGGCGGUCAGCGCAGCAGGAUGAUAACACCACUCUUCGUCAUACAGGUUAGUGGCAAACGCCAUUAUGGCUUGAAAAGUGACGCCCUGUGUCUUAUUGUGCUGCCACACCCACAACGGCUACUAUGUAUUGCUUCGGAGUGCCUUGACGUUGUUUGUUAUCUUCUUUUGGUCUCGGGGGACAUUGAGAGUAACCCGGGACCAAUCACUUUGAAUGAAAUAGACAAAACGCUCCACAAACUUUUAGAACGUCAGCAAGACAUCGUUGGAGCAUUCAAUGAAAUCAAAUCGAACCAACGUAAAGUCGAAGCUAGAAUGACUGGGAUUGAAAAGUGUGUCGAAUCCUUCAAAAACGUUGAAACAAAAAUUGACGCUUGCUCCACUACCAUGGUUACUUUGAAGCAAACAAUCGGCUCCCUAGAGAAUAAGGUAGACGAUUUAGAAAAUAGAAUGCGCAGGAACAACUUAGUAUUUUUCGGAAUUCCUGAAAGCCAAAACGAAACUAAAAGUGACUUAGAGCAAGCUGUCGUCUCGGAAAUUCUACGCGACAAACUGGACAUUGAAAACGCUGAGGUAGAGAGGCUGCAUAGGAUUGGAAAACCAUCAACAGGAAAGCCACGGCCGGUAAUCAUGAAGCUUCGGGAGUUUAAUGUGAAAGAAAAUAUACUAAAAAACGCGCGUAGGCUGAAAGGUACUAGAAUUUCAAUAUCUGAAGACUUCUCGUUUCACAUCAGAGAGAAAAGAAAGUUGCUUUGGAACAGCUCCAAGAAAGAACGUGACAAGGGCGAAGAAGUAAUACUUAAAUAUGACAAAUUGAUUCUCGGCAACUCAUGUUAUCAAUGGGACACUGAAAACAACACUCGCCUUCUGAUAAGCACGACGCAGCGAACCGCCAGAGAGGGCAGCCUCACGAUGAAUGACAUCGGUGUUUAG